UGAAGUUAUAUUAAAAUGCUUUUUACAGGCAAGUUUCAUCCAUUAUACGCACUGCUUUUAUUUCAGAACGCGAUUUUGAAAACGAGCUUUCUGUUUGCUGUUUUGGUGAUUGUUGCAAACGUGCAACUAACCAUAGCAGUUGCCCUAGACGCCACGUGCACCUUCGACUGCGAUUGCACUGUGGCAAAUUCAAAAUGUUCUACUACGUGUGUUUGUGCCGAUGGUUACACCAAAGAAAGCACAGCGUGUAAAGCAAACUACGGUACGGCUUGCACAAGUGACCCGGACUGUAUAACCAAUGGGAAAUGCGACCUCUUUAGUAAUCCCCAAGUUUGUGCUAUAAAGGAGGGCGACACAUGCAAUGAUGGCACUACUGACAAUUCUGCCUACUGUGUCUCUAACGCCGCGUGUACAGGAACGGCCAACACAUUAUGUGCAUGCAGCUCCGGCUACACUGUAGAUGCAACUACGAAACUUUGUGAGGCGGACACUGGAACAACUUGCGUGAGCGCAACACACUGUUCCACUGGCGUAUGUGAUACUAAAAUUUCCCCAGCGAAGUGCAAAAUCGGACAUGGGGAAGAUUGUAACGACGGCACUUUAGACAAUUCUGCGAGCUGUGUCACCGGCGCUGCAUGUCCUUCAUACUCAACUACUGCUGUGCAGUGUGCAUGUGAAGCUUCCUACACGGCAGCUUCAACUCUUUGUGGUUCAAAUAUUGACGUCGCCUGUGCUGCGGACACUGACUGCAUCGCAAACCAUGUGUGUGAUACAUCGCUAGUGUGCAAGAAGGAUCUCGGUCAGAAUUGUGGUAGUAACGCUGAAUGUGUAUCACCUGCAACAUGUGCUACGACUUGCAAAGUGGGUCUCGGGGAAACCUGUGCUGCUGAUGCAGAUUGUUCAGCCGGAUUUUGCGAUACCACUGUGACGCCAAACAAAUGCUUGAUCAAGGCCACCGAAGCUGGAUGUACCACGGACGACCAUUGUGUUGAAAACGCUCAGUGUACGUCUAGUUCCUGUGCAUGCAAAUCUGGCUACACUAAGGAUCAUGCAUCUACAGCUACAUACUGCAAAGGAAGCGUUGGUACGACAUGUGCAGCUCUGACAGACUGUGACCAACUGACAACUUUGAUCUGCGAUACAGCACUGGCAACCCCGGUUUGCAGGAAAAAGAUGGCAGACUGCUUUGCUGAUCAAACCAACUGUGUAGCAAACAGCGAGUGUGACGCAAGCGCCUGUUCAUGCAUGACUGGUUUUACCCUAGACGGAACAUCAUUCGUCUGUGGAGGAGAAAUCAGCAAGUCCUGUGCAAAUCAUGGAGGCUGUGACGCUGCUUCUAAUCUUGUAUGUAACAUAGGUGGAACAUCGACCUGCAAAAAAAAAGCAGCAGCAGCAUGUACCUCUGGGCAAUGUAUUACGAACGCUGCAUGCGAGUGCAGCGUUUGCGCUUGUAGUUCGGCGGCUACAGCAUCAGCAAUUGGCUUGUGUGAAGUGCAAAGUAGUGCAACAAUGGGAGCUUACAUCUCCGCAUUCGUACUUACGUUCUGCCUUCUCGGCACCAGGAUAUAGGCUACCGCAAUACCAUCCCCACGAGUAUUUCGGAUAAACUAAUUAUCUUAAGGACAUAAUUGCUGCAGUGAAAAUAUAAACUUUAUAUUAUAAAAUGAAAAACAACAACAAAGCAACAAAUUAACAAAGACAUUUUGUUUUCGAUGUACACAUACCUUUCCAAAUUAUUAUAAAAUCCAUCAUAUUCGUUGAUUUUUUUCUCUAAAAUAAUUCUUGAAAACAUACUAUGUGCAUGUAAUUGUUAACACUCAAACGUUAUUUAUGUAAAACUUUGAUUGCUUGUGCUUAUUUCAACUUGAAGACCGGCUUUAUUUCGAUGCAAUGUUUUUCCCCUAACAAAAAAAAAUGUUCAUUUUUUCAAUUCGUGACAUGUUGCAAUGUAUUAAAAUUCAUUGUCUGUUAGAAUAAUAUUUUACGUGUUACUGACUUAAACCUAUGGUCUUACAAAACAACGUAACUAAAUGAGCACUUAGCGUCGUAGUUACCUUUAAUUGUAAAUAUAGAUUGCUGUGAUAAAAUGAUAACUAUCUAUUGGCAAACAUGAAGUUAGCGAGUUUUGAUAACCAUCGGGUACAUAAUAUUGACAGAAAUAUUAUUUAGUAGAAUUUAUACACUUAUUUUUGUGUUUUAAGCUAUCCAUAAUGUAAACUAAAAUGUCAUAUUAAGUGCCCGUUAUGUCGAUGUCGACUUGCAGACGACGUCGUUUGCAAAUAUUAUUGUUCCCUUUUUUCGCCAAUAGCAACUGACCUUCAAGUAAACUGUUACAAUAGUAUGAAGAUAAAAUCACGUAAAGUAGUUUAAGAUUAAUCUUCUUAAUAAAAUGAGCAGUAAUUGAUUGAUUAAAUGACGUCAAUUUACUGGGCAGUAGAAUAUGAACAGGCCGUGUGCCAGUAAUUUAAGUGAUGGGUGAUUUUGAUGAUAACUGUUGAUACAUUGUACUUGAAAGUUAGUAUUGAGUCAACUGACAACACAUGUUUUAAAGUCUAUAUUGCAUUGAUCUUUAAUCAUGUGAACUAGGUUAGGACGAUCGCCUGUUAAGCGGUCUAGUGAAUUACCAGUAACAGUUACUCUUGCAAAAGGCAUUCUUGUAGCUAUUGAAAACUGGAACAAAAAUAUGAUGUUUUUUGUGUACUUAGAAAAAUAAAACUGUUUUAAACUG